AGCUGAGGCGGGGCGUCGUAAAGAUGGUGAUCUUCAGUGUGUAUGUGGUGAACAAGGCUGGAGGUUUAAUUUACCAAUACGACAACUACGUCCCGAGAGCGGAGGCCGAGAAAACAUUCAUUGGAGAAUUUCCAGCUGUCCCUCUGGAUCUAGUGCUUAAACACCACGAUGAAAAGGUCAUCGUGUCGUUUGGACAGCGGGACGGAAUCAGAGUGGGCCAUGCAGUGCUGUCCAUCAAUGGAGUGGACGUGCUGGGCAAGAACACAGCAGAUGGAAAGGACACCCUUGAAUAUUUAAAGGAUCCUGCAAAUUAUCCAGUGUCCAUUCGCUUUGGUCGAGCACGACUGAGCUCCAACGAGAAGCUGAUGCUGGCAUCCAUGUUCCACUCGUUGUUUGCUAUCGGUUCACAGCUGUCUCCUGAGGUUGGAAGUUCAGGGAUUGAGAUGCUAGAAACGGAUGUCUUCAAACUCCACUGCUUCCAGACUCUCACAGGAAUAAAGUUCAUCGUGCUGGCGGACCCUCGACAAUCUGGCAUUGAUGCGCUAUUGAGGAAGAUUUAUGAGAUCUAUUCAGAUUUUGCACUCAAGAACCCAUUUUAUUCUCUGGAGAUGCCAAUCAGGUGUGAACUAUUUGACCAGAACCUGAAGGGUGCACUGGAGAUCGCAGAGAAAGCUGGAAACUUUGGAGCUGGAUCUUGAACCAGUGAAGACUAAAUAUAAUGUGCUAUGAUUUCUUACCACAAUAGAUUCACUGACUUCUUAUGAAGGUGGUUAAAUGUUCAGUUAAGGGGAAAAAAACCAAGUGGAUUUUCUUUGUUUCUUUUUCCAAUUUGGUAUCAGACUGUAAGUUAACACAUUGUAAAUACAUUGUUUUGUAAAUACUUGAAGAUGGCUGAAUAUGUAUUGACUAAAUGAGUGAUUUAACUGUAGUAUCCUGGACAUUAAGCAUGAACUAGGAAACCUAACAACAACUCAAGCCACUGAAGACCACACAUUUUGCUUUCUAUAAAAAAAAAGAU